UCCAUCCCAUCCCCCAUGACACCCUUAGAUUGCCUCCCUCCCUAUGCGACCCAGAAAAGGCGCGCUGGUCUAUUCCUUUCUCUAAGAGUUGUUUCUUAGACGAUCAGAUGUGUCCAUUGCUAACCUCUUCGCCCUUUCGGCAGUCAGAAAUACCACCCCCACAUGCUUAGUCAAUAAUCCAUCAGGCUGUCAGACAUUUCAUUAUUUUCCCCUAUCCUAAAUGAUGGUCGGCAUGUCUCCUCUACGCCUUUCCCCGUCGCCGUCCCGUAAGCUCUCCUGGAUUGGUAGUAAUUGCCCGGGAUGCUCCAAAUUGUCACAGAACGAAGAUCAGAGAAGUAUUAAAACCAGCCCGUUAGACUCUCCUAGAAGCACAAUGCCUCCGAUAGCAGCGACGAAGAAGAAAACCUACCCGCUCGCUUUGACGAUCUCGCGAUUGUUCAAGAAGUCAGCUGCAGCUCCUCCGUCUCCUCACAGUUUAGAGAUGCCGGAAGGGGAGGUGGAUAUGGCGAUCAACGAGAUCUUGAAUGGCGGUCGGUGGAGCAAAGACGACGAGGAGCAGCUGAGGAGUCACUUCAAGUCCCUUCCCCCUCGGUACGCAUCCAUGGGGUACUCUUCCGACGCGGUCAGGAGCCACGUGGCUCUGCUGAAAGAAGCAUCAGGCCUGAAGGAGGGGAUCCCGGCGAUCCGGCUGGACGUCAACAACGGCGAGCUUGACGCUUUCAUGGAGGACGAGAGCGAAACGGACGACUCCUUCUCGUCGGCCGGCGGUAUUUCGCUAUCCUCCUGCCUCGAAGACUCGUUAUCGUCCAGCCGGACCGAGGUCACAUUCGCCUGCAGCACCCAUGUCUGCCGGAGCAACAUUUCAUCCGCAUUUCACAGAUCUGGCAUCCGGAUUUUCGGGAUCUACACAUAUGAUACAGCCGCUGGUGCAACCCUCGGCCAUUUCUGUCUCCGAGCUUCCAUUUCGCAUAUAUCCAAGAAGCAGAUUGAGGAAAUUCUCGCUUCCGCCAUCAGGCGACCCCCGAAGGGCCUCGGCAUUCAGGAAACCCUGUCCAAUUUCAUGAGCAAGGCCAGCCCGAGGCACAGUAGCUUCGCCGACGGAGAUAACAGCCAGCGAUCCAGUCUGGGCUCUGUCCCUUCGUCGCCUGCUCCGAGCUUCACUUCGAAGCAGGGCUCGCAAUCCGGGAAGGACAUGCUGGAAGUGCUGCUGUGCGAGAAGGGAGCCAUGAAGAAGAAGCUCGGAAAUUUCAUCCUGGACCCGCUUCGGCUAUCCAUGGGACCCGUGAUAGCAGUUGGAGCGUCAGGCGAAGUCAGAAAGGGGACGUAUGAAGGGGAGACGGUCGCCGUCAAGGUGCUGAAAGGGGAGGGUAAAGACCCGUACGCGAACGUCGCGGAGUUUCGGCGGGAGGUCGUAACCCUGAUGUCGUGCGGCCAGUGUCCGCAGCUUCUGAAGUUCCUCGGCGUCUGCGUCGACUUUCGCCAACGGAUCUGCAUUGUCACGAAAUUUAUGGAGGGAGGGACUCUGAACGACCUGCUUCGCCGACGCCAGGGCAAGGGUCUCUCGCUCGGCGACGCAGUGAGCGUCGCACGCGACGUCGCACAGGCCAUGGCGUUUCUUCACAAGAACGGAAUGAUCCACCGCGAUCUGAAAUCCGCCAACAUUCUCUUAGAUAAGCAGGGUCACGCAGUGGUGGGGGAUUUCGGCGUGGCGAGACUAAAAGGAGAGAGAGGAGAGAUGACGAAGGAGGUCGGAACUUAUCGAUGGAUGGCUCCUGAAGCCUUUGGCACGAGUCCAUGGCCGGUUACCCAUAAAGCCGACGUGUACAGUUUCGGGAUCGUCCUAUGGGAGGUUCUAUCCGGGGGAGUGCCGUUUGCUGAUUAUUCCCCGCUGCAAGCAGCUGUGGCUGUUGCACUUAACGGAGCUCGUCCUGCUAUCCCGGAUUCUUGUCCGCAGUCGCUUCGCUCGCUGAUUGAACGGUGCUGGCACAAGACGCCAAAAGAGAGACCAGAGUUCAGCGAGAUUCUGACCGAGCUUGACCGGAUUGCCAAGGAGAUUCAGCAGCAGUAAGAGUCUCUCUUAGCUGAGUCCGGCCAAGGUCAACCGAUUUUGGGGCAAGGCCACCCAGAUUUUCCCCUCCUGGGUGAGCUUUUGCCUUGUUAUUUUCCGUGUACAGCCCCUUUCUCCCCACGUGACGACAAUGUUUGCUGCUACUCCAGUCUGCAAGUAAUCCCCCCAAUUUUGUAGAAACCCAAGGGCUUUCUAUUUCUUCAUGACCUUUAUUGGAUUGAUUCCAGGAAUUUAGCAGCUUGCCACUGCCAGAAACUGGUAUUGGCUGUUGUGAUGCUAACAUGUCCCAUUGAGUUUCACAUGGGAUGGAAAAUCUGAGGAUGUUGGUGUUGGUCAAUGCUUCAAUGCCAAAUUGGC